UUCGUUGUUUUCUGUACUAUGCUUUACAGUUCGUCUGUACGUUUGGUAGCGUCUUAAGUUUAUUUUAUUGUUGUACGUUUAUAGUUAGUUUUAGUUAAAGGUUAAUAGUAUUAUAGUUGUAAAAUUUGAAGAAAAAGUGCAUCAUGAGUUCAAGAACGAAGAAAACUUCGGUUACUUCUACAAGUUCAGUGCUAAAUAUAACGUCCCCGGCAGCUUCUAGUACCCCGUCGAAUUUGCGUCCUACAAGCCCUCUGAGCCCUACGCGACACAGCCGUUUGCAAGAAAAAGCUGAUUUGCAGAAUUUAAAUGAUCGCUUAGCAUGUUAUAUAGAUCGAGUGAGGCAUUUGGAAGCUGAAAAUUCACGCUUAAGUAGAGAAAUUCAGACGUCAGAAGAGACUGUAACUAGAGAAGCCUCAACUUUGAGGGCUAUGUAUGAUCAUGAACUGUCAGAUGCUCGAAAAUUGCUAGAUGACACUGCCAGAGAAAAGGCCAAACUUGAAAUUGACACUAAGAGAUUAUGGGAGGAAAAUCAUGAUUUGAAAACAAGGCUAGACAAGAAAUCAAAGGAUUUGAUCCUGGCUGAAAAUAAUGCUCGAAUGUAUGAGAGCAGAUGUUCAGAACUCAAUGGUAAAUACAACACGGCUAUAUUAGAACGAAAAAAAGCAACGGAUGAUUGCAAGGAAUUAGAGAAAGAGUUGAACAAGCUCAGGAGACAAUUAGAAGAACUUCGCAAAAAUCUAGAGGAAGAAACAUUAGCUCGUGUAGAUGUCGAAAAUAAUUUGCAGAGUUUGAAGGAGGAACUUGCUUUCAAAGAUCAGGUCUAUCAGCAAGAACUCACAGAAACUCGCAAGCGACGUCAAGUUGAAUUAAGUGAAAUUGAUGGUCGUCUUGCGGAACAAUAUGAAGCAAAAAUGCAAGAGACAAUGCAGGAACUUCGCGAUCAGUAUGAAGGACAAAUUAGUUCAAAUCGCGCUGAAAUUGAAGCCAUAUAUGAACAAAAGAUCAAAAAUUUACAAGGCAUGGCUACUCGCAACAGUGGUGCUGCUACAGCUGCAAUUGAAGAACUAAGACUAGCCAGAACAAAGAUCGAUGGUUUAUCCAGCCGCAUUAAUGAGUUGGAGGCUUCAUACAAUGCUGCUAAUCAACGCAUUAAAGAAUUGGAAAAAAUGCUGGAACACGAGCGUAUGCGUCAUUCUGAUGAUAUGCGUGUAUUAGAAGCAGAAUUGACUCGUCUUCGCGAGGAAAUGGCUAGGCAGUUGCAAGAAUAUCAAGAUCUGAUGGAUAUCAAGGUCAGCUUAGAUAUGGAAAUUGCUGCUUAUAGGAAGUUGUUAGAAGGAGAGGAAGCCAGAUUGAACAUCAGCCAACAAUCAGGAUCGGGAAAGUCUGAGGCCGGUCGCAGCACCCCCCUGAUGUCACGUCGUCCUCCAUCACGCCUAGGUGGAAAACGUAAACGCACUUUACUGGAAGAAUCGCAUGAAAGCAGUCUUAGUGAAUUUACGGAGCAUGCAACCUGCAAAGGAGAUAUUGAAAUAACAAAAAGUGACACGGAAGGACGUUUUGUUAAACUUACAAAUAAAGGAACCAAGGAAGUUUCUCUUGGUGGCUGGCAAAUUACCCGAAAAGCAGGUGAUGCUGAAACUGUGUUCAAAUUUCACCGUACUCUCAAACUUGAGCCUGGAGCAAGUACUACGGUUUGGUCAUCCGAUGAGGGACAAGACCAUGAACCUCCCAGUAAUAUAGUUAUGAAGGGACAAAAAUGGUUUGUUGGUGAUAACAUUAAUACAUCAUUGGCCAACAGUAAUGGAGAGGAAAUGGCAACAUCUGAACUGGUGCGAAAUAAGUUGGCGAGUCGUUCUUCACGCAUGCGAGAUUCUGGAUUUAGAUCUCUUGGGUCUGAAGAACUUUAUCAUCAGCAGUCUUACAAAUUGAAAUAUUAAUCAAUGUGUGCAUGUGCCUAAGGAUCCUUCUCGAAGUGAUUCGAUAAGAAGAUCCGCAGGCUGCCCAAGAGAAAUGCCGAAUAAUGUAAAACUUGUACUACAAGAUGUCUAUCACAAAAUUAUACAGCUUUUAUAUUCUUAAAAAGAAAAUAACUUAAUUGAA